UGAAUUUUUUCGUUUCAUUUUUCAAAACAACGACGAAAAUCCAAAUAGAAAUUCAAAAAAUCCCCAAAUUCACUAUACUCACAACACACAUACACUCAGCGGCACGAACAUUCAAACCACGCUGAGCCUGGCGCCUUCUUUUCAUGUGAGAAUUCGACUUCAAUUUUGAAGUUGGCUGAGAUUCCAUCAAAUUCACUUAAAAUGGCGCAGAAGCUGCAGCAGCAGCUCAAGGAGCUGGGAUCGAAGUUGAAGGCGCCUCCGUCUUCCAAAGACGCUCUCAUUAAACUCUUGAAGCAUGGAGUGACAUGCCUAACUGAAUUAGAUCAGUCACCACCCAAAACAAUGUUGGACUCCAUGCAGUCUUUCUUGAAAGCUAUUGUGAAGCCGGGGCUGUUAAAACAUCAUGACCGAGAAGUAAAUCUUUUUGUUGCUGCAUGUCUUUGUGAAAUAACUCGAAUUACUGCACCCGAGGCUCCUUAUGAAGAUGAUAUCAUGAAGGACAUUUUUCAGUUGACUGUGAGUACUUUUAGUGGCUUAAGUGACAUAAAUGGCCCAUCAUUUGGAAGGAUACUUGUUAUUCUUGAAACCCUGGCAAGAUACAGAUCAUGUGUUGUUAUGUUGGAUCUUGAAUGUGAUGAUCUCAUAAGGGAUAUGUUCAGUACCUUUUUCACUGUUGCCAGAGAUGAUCAUCCUGAGAAUGUUUUCACUUCAAUGCGAACAAUCAUGGAGGUUCUCAUAGAAGAAAGUGAGGAUGUACCUGAGAACCUGUUACUUACAUUGUUGUCUGUUUUAGGAGGUGAAAAUGAGGAUGUCACCAUGGCUGCAAGGAGGCUAGCUAUGAAUGUGGUAGAACGCUGUGCUGAAAAACUGGAACCUAGCAUAAAGCACUUUUUUGUGUCCUCAAUGUCAGGAGACAGCAGGUCCCUGAAAUCUGAGAUGAAUUACCAGGGUGUACUCUAUAAUAUCUAUCGAUCUGCUCCUCAAAUCCUAUCAGGAGUUGUUCCUUAUCUUACUGGAGAGCUACUGAGCGAUCAAUUGGAGGUUCGUUUGAAAGCUGUGGAGUUGGUUGGUGACCUCUUUUCUCUGCCCGAGUCUACUAUUUCUGGAGCUUUCCAGCCCGUCUUUUCAGAGUUUUUGAAAAGACUGACUGAUAGAGUGGCAGAGGUCAGAAUGUCUGUACUUGAACAUGUCGAGAGCUGUCUUUUGGUGAAUCCUUUUAGACCGGAAGCUCCUCAAAUAAUCUCUGCUCUUUGUGAUCGGUUAUUGGACUAUGAGGAAAGUGUUCGUAAAAAGGUCGUCUCAGUUGUUUGUGAUGUGGUAUGUCAUGCCAUUACAUCCAUACCAGUUGAAACUAUUAAACUGGUAUCUGAACGCCUUAGAGACAAAUCUCUUCUUGUCAAAAGGUAUACAAUGGAGAGGUUAGCUGACAUAUACAAAGCAUCUUGCACGAAGCAAUCUAGUGGCAUGACAGAGAAUGGUGAAUUUGAUUGGAUUGUGGGGAAGAUAUUGAGAUGUUUCUACGAUAAAGAUUUCGGAUCAGAUACAAUUGAGCCCAUCCUAUCUUUGUCCUUGUUCCCAACCAAUUUUCCUGUCAAAGAUAAGGUGAAAAAGUGGGUUUGUAUCUUCUCUGAGCUUGACAAAGUUGAGGUUAAGGCUCUUGAGAAGAUACUCGAACAGAAACAAAGGCUACAGCAGGAGAUGAAUAAAUACCUUUCCCUCAAACAGUUGUCUGAGGAAGGUGAUAAGGUGGAGAGCCAAAAGAAAAUAUCAUUUUGCUUCCGUGCUAUGUCUCGUUGUUUUACUAAUCCUGCAGGAGCAGAGGAGAACUUUCAGAAUCUUGACCAAUUAAAGGAUUCUGACAUAUGGAAACUUGUAUCUCGACUUCUAGAUCCAAACACUAGCUCAAUUCAUGCCAAUAGCUCACGGGAUGAUUUGCUGAAACUCCUUGGGGAUGAGGAUAGACUCUAUGAGUUCCUGAGCACUCUUUCUUUGAAAUGCUCUUAUCUACUUUUUGAUAAGGACCAUGUCAAAGAAAUUGUUCUUGAGGCUGGCCAACACAAAUCUUCUGGAAACAACGACUUGAUUUUGUCCUGCAUGACUAUUCUUGUGAUUCUUGCUCGAUUUUGUCCUCUGCUGCUACAUGGAAUUGAAGAGGACUUGGUACAUUUUCUUGAGGACGAAAACGAAAUAAUAAAGGAAGGUACUCUGCAUAUCCUCGCGAAGGCUGGGGGAACUAUCCGAGAACAACUGGGUGUUUCAUCAAGAUCAUUAGACCUUAUACUUGAGCGUAUAUGCUUCGAGGGUAACAGAAGGCAGGCCAAGUAUGCUGUUCAUGCACUGGCGUCCAUCACAAAAGAUGAUGGGCUUAUGUCCCUUUCUGUUCUUUAUAAGAGGCUAGUUGAUAUGCUUGAAGAGAAGGCACACAUGCCAGCUGUACUACAGUCUCUUGGGUGUAUUGCACAAGCUGCUAUGCCAGUCUUUGAAACAAGAGAAAGUGAGAUUGUAAAGUUCAUCAGAGAAAACAUAAUGGAGAUUGGACAUAUAUCAGAAGAUAAAGCACCUGAUUCUUGGGAUGAUAGAAGUGAAAUUUGUUCCCUAAAGAUAUAUGGGGUCAAAGCUCUGGUCAAGAGCUAUUUACCUGUCAAGGAUGCCCACCUUCGUUCUGGCAUUGAUGACCUGAUUGGUAUCCUCAAGAACAUUCUAACUUUUGGUGAUAUCUCUAGCAAGAUUAGGUCGAGUUCAGUUGAUAAGGCUCAUUUGAAGCUUGCUGCAGCUAAAGCUGUUCUUCGCUUAUCAAAGUACUGGGAGCACAAAAUUCCAGUUGAUGUCUUUUACCUUACACUGAGAACCUCAGAGGAUAAAUUCCCUGAGGUAAAGAAACUACUGCUUGACAAGAUUCAUCAAUAUGUAAAGGACAGGGCUCUGGAUCCUAAGUAUGCUUGUGCAUUCCUGCUUGACAAUACAACUCAACAGGCAGAUGUCGAGGAGAACAAAUGCAAUUUGAAAGACAUCAUUCAGAUGUGUCGACAUGGUAGGGGGAGGCAGGCUUCUUCUCAGACUGAUACAGAUUCUCCCCCACACAGUCCAGAAUACUUGCUCCCAUAUGUGGUGCAUUCUCUUGCUCAUCAUCCCUCGUUUCCUAGUCUUGACGAGUCCAGAGAUGUCAAAACAUUUGAAGAAAUGUACAGGAAGUCUUAUCUUUUCCUAUCAAUGCUGGUGCAUGGAGACGGAGAUGGAAAAUCUGAUGUUAGCAUUAGCAAGGACAAGGAGACUUUUUCAUUGCUUAAUUCUAUUUUUCUAUGUAUCAAGCGCUCCACAGAUGCUUUUGAUACGACUAAGUCCCAGAAUUCGUAUGCUCUGUGCGACCUUGGUAUGUCAAUUGUGAAGAAGUUAUUUCCAAAUCAUGAGGUUCUUCAUGGCUCCAGUGUAUCUGUGACCCUACCAGCUGGGCUUUACAAACAACGUGCGAAGAAAGAUGAAGAUGCCUCGCCGGUUGGUGAAGAGAAGACUUGGCUGGCAGAAGAUGGUGUUCUUGCCCACUUUGAAUCACUUAAAUUGGAAACUAAUGAAAUUGUUAAUUCCGUACAUGCAGAGGAUGAUAUCAUAAAGGAUAGUGAAGCCGAGGGCAGUGAGAUACCGUUAGGAAAGUUAAUGAAACGGCUAAAAGCUAAAGCAGCAAAGGCAAGAAAAGAGGCAAAGAAUCAGUCUGCACCAACUGGGAUCUCCAAAGAAAACGAUUUUGAUAUAUUGGAAAUGGUGAAGGAAAUAAAUACUGAUAACCUGGGAACAUCUGGCAAGAUUGGAUCUAGUAACAAUGAUGAGCAUGUUGGGAAAAAGAGGAGAAACAUCCACCAGCUAGAGAAGAGGAAAACAUUGUUGGAUGAAUCCAAGGAUGUUCCUGUCCCAAAACGUAGGAGAACAUCAUCUUCUCAAGCUCAUAAAUCUCUCCAAACAACUCCUGCAAAGGGUUCUAAGAGGUCCAGUAAAGUAAAUCAGGAAGAUACUAAUGAUGUUUCUGACAAAAUGGAUGAAGAUCUUCAAUCUUCUUCAGAAGAUCACUCGGCACAAGAAAAAAUGGCUGAAUCUGACUUGUUACUUUCCCGUAUGGGCAAGAAAUCCAGUGCCUCCUCUAAGCAGAAAGCUAAACGACCUGGCAGAGAUAGUGCUGAGUCCCUCGAUCACUCCCCUGAUGCUAAGAAGCGUAAGAAAGUCAAAGAAACUGAGGAGGCACCCUCGUUCAGUUUUUCAAAAUCGGCGUCCCUGAAGAAGAAAAAGAAAAGUGUCUCUGGAUUAGCCAAGUGCACAACCAAGGACAGUGGAAGCCGUAGUAGCGACUUAAUCGGUUCAAGAAUAAAAGUUUGGUGGCCGAUGGAUAAGGAAUUUUACGAAGGUGUAAUAAAGUCGUUUGAUACCCAUAAAAAGAAACAUGUGAUAGUAUAUGAUGAUGGAGAUGUGGAAGUUCUUCAAUUAGAUAGGGAGCGCUGGGAACUAGUUGAGAAUAAUCACAAAUCAAAGCAGCUUGGCUCAUCAAAGGGCUCUCGUCCCAAAGGAGGGUCGUCUGGGCAGAGAAAGAAGUCGACUGGAGGCUCAGGACAAGAUGAAAAGUUGGGUGCGAAAUCACCUGGGCAGAAAAAGAAAACGGUGGGAGGUUCUGAACAUGUUGAAAAGUUGGACAUGAAAUCUCCGUCGUCUCAAGUAAGAGGGAAGAGGACUCCACGAAAAAGUCCUAAAGAGGGUCGAAAAGGUCCAGUGAAGAUUACUUUCACUGUGGAAAGGAGAGAAAAACCAGUGGUUGCAGAACCUCAGUCUUCCACAAAGUCCCCGGUUGAUCAGUCAGACUCAGAGAAGGAACAAAAUGAGAGGAGUCAUAAGAGUGUGUCUGAUGAGGAGCUGUCUGAUAAUGACAAGAAACAUGAGGAGGAUGCUGAAUCAGAAGAGCACAAAGAGGGUGAAGACGACUCUGAAAACACUCAUAGUGACCAUGUUGGUGGCUCUCCACACGAUGCUAGUGAACUGGAGGACGAGGCUGUUUCUGCUUCAGAUGGGAAGCAAUUAGACGAAGACAAAGAAGAAUCUGGAGGGGAGGAAUCUGAGGAAGCAGAUAACACGGACAGGGACAGCCAACCUGCAGCAUCGGAUAAGCCUGAUAAGAGCACUUCUGAUUCUGGCGCUGCAGAUGCUGAGGCUUCUGAUGACGAACUUCUGAGCACGUGGAGACAACGGGCAGGAAAGAAAUAGGGAGACGACCGACAUUUAUGGUGGUGCUGCGCUUUGAUGAUUGUAAUCGCGGUAGCAAAAUUAGCAGGACGAGAUCCGUGGACCUGGAUAUGAAUAAAUUCGUGUAGGAUUUAGCACCACAGUAGUGUAGCAUAAACCAUUGGUUCGUAUAGUUGCCGAUGCAAUGGAUUUCAGCAAUCGGCUCUAGUUCGUAUUUUUGAGAUUUUUGUGUACAGCUAUUAGGUGUACUAACAUCUACUAGUUCGUUUUUUGUAGCUCGGCAAUCAUGAUUUGUAUGUAUGCUUCUAAACUGUAUUUGAUUAUUGCGUUCAAACGCUCAUAGCUA